AUGAGGCCCGUGCGUGUCUCUCCCAUGGGGGGCUAUGUGCUGAGCCCUUGGCGGUCUCACCCGGGACUGAUGGGAUCGUCUGAGUGUAGCAUUGACCGCUUGGCGACGGGCGUCUUUGCACCGGCCAUUCCUCCAUUCGACCAGUUCUUCUUCCAUACUCCUCAAAGGUACGGGCUGCCAAUGACAUCUACGAGAAUGUCCCGCGUCACCACGCCUUCCUCGCCGAGCACUGCACAGGAAGCGAGCACAACCACCCCCCCUUAUCCCAUACCAUAUGUCGCAGCUUCAGACCGACUCCCAGAGCCGCUGCCGACAGAUGCAACCAUCAGAUGCUCUAGCAAAGUCCUUAAAGCCGGUUAUGGUCGGCGUAUUGUUCGUGUCGGCGAGCAUUUCGUUGUCAAGUACGGCGUUCUCGUUAGCUUGACCGAGGGGGAGAACAUGCUCUUCGUGCGGGAGACGUGCGACAUCUCCGUGCCCCAGGUUUUCGCCCUCUAUUCACGGAUAGAUCCGAGCGGGGCCAAAGUGAGUUACAUCGUCAUGGAGUAUAUACGCGGCAAAUCCCUUGACAGCCGUUGGGACACCAUGAGUGCUGCGGACAAGUCGAAUACAAGUCAGCAGCUACGGCUCAUGUUUGACAAGUUACGGAGUAUUCCCUCUCCUGGAUACUUUGGAUGCAUUGGACGGCGGCCUAUGGAAGAAUGCAUGUUUUGGACACUCGAAGAGGACAGCGUGGAUGCCAUCAGUGGCCCAUUUGACUCCGAAACACAGCUUAACAAUGCCCUUGUGGAAAAGUAUCUCUACAACAGCGGCAUGCCUUCCAAGGCCAAGUUUUACCGCCGCGUCUUGCCCCUCGUGCUUUACGAUCACGCGUCCGUAUUUUCUCACGGGGACUUUCAGCGAAAGAAUGUCCUUGUUGGAGACGACGGCAACUUGUCCCUGGUAGACUGGGAAUCGGCUGGCUGGUAUCCAAGCUACUGGGAGUACGCCUUGGCCAUGUUUGCUUGUGGGGGCUGGCGUGAUGACUGGCACGAAUACGUCGCUAGCAUUCUGGACGAAUACCCAAACGAGUACGUGUGGUUUGAUAUGAUGAGGAGGGAGUUGUGGUCUUGA